AACACAUUUUCCUCUGACACCCGGAAGUGGUUUGCUUGUCUCCCUCUGUGUGGAAGCUGGACCAGGAGUGCUGUAACCUCUCCAUUUGGUUGGAAUAAGGCAGUUUCGGCCCCUGAGAUCACCAUCUCCCCUGGUGUGAGUGUCGGUAAGGUGUGUGCAUGUGUGUGUGGAUAGUGUGAUUGGGGAGAUGUACUGCAUGUACCAGGAUCGGGAGGAGUUGGAGGACGAUCUCUAUCGGGAGGAUGAAGGGGACUCUGAGGGGUCAGAGGACAACAGCGAGCUGGAGUUCCGCCUCUACAGCCAGCUCCACUACUCCUCUAAUGCCGGGGUGGUGGAGGAGACAGGAGAUGAGGAGGAGGAACAGGACAGUGAGCAUCUGGAGAAACCUGAGCAGAUUGUAAAUGUGGACAGAGAACAGGACAAAACUGGAAAAAGUAGGCCGCUGUCACCUGAUUUGAGCAAGUUACUACAGCACUUCAAGAAGGACAAGAAGAAGGACGAGAAACCUGAGAAAAAGAAAAAGGGUAAAAGUAACCCUAAGGUUCAGAGGUCAUUAACAUCAUUAAUGGAGGAGGUCAUCGUGAUUGACUCCGGCCCUGAUGUCAUCUCCAUCUCUGAGGGUGACACUGCUGAUGACACUGCUGCUACUGAUGAAGACGGUGUCUGCGCCUUAAAGGGACGACGCUUAAGACGGCUGCAGACUUCAACCCCGGCCCCACAGGGAACCAAGAAAAUAACUUUAGGCGUCCCGGUGACGGUGGUCUCCAGCAACUCAGAGUCUGAAUCAAAUUCUGAGUCCGAGUCAUCUGAUGAUCUGGAGAACUGGAUGAUCCUGGGUCCAGGGAACCAGGACGGAGACCAGAGCAUCUCACUUAACCUGGAGGGAGGGUCUGACAGCAGCGCAGAUGCUGAAGAGAAGGCCAGCUGGUUGGUUUCGUCAAAGGAUAAGGACGCUGGGAUCUAUAACAGAGACAAGGGUGCGAGAGUAACGGGGCCGCGGCUGUCAAACCGAUACUACACCGACAAGAGCGUCCAGUGUAGAAACUGCAACAAGAUCGGACAUCUCUCCAAGAACUGCCCAGAGUCCAAAAAGUUGGUGCCCUGCUUUCUUUGUGGAACCCCAGGCCACCUGUCCAGUGAAUGUCCCAACAAGCACUGCAACAACUGCGGCCUGCCCGGGCACCUCUACAACUCCUGCAGAGACAGAGCGCACUGGCACCAGCACUGCGAGCGCUGCUUCAUGACAGGCCACUCAACAAAUGCUUGUCCAGAGAUCUGGAGACAGUAUCACAUCACAACUGAGACACGCACUCCUUUGAAGCCAAAGGGAAAAGAUCGGGGUCGGACCCCCGCCUACUGCUACAACUGCUCCAGGAGAGGACACUUUGGACAUGUGUGUACACGAAAAAGGAUGUUCAACGGAACGUAUCCCAGCACACCGUUUAUCAACUUCUACGACACUAAGAAGGAGAUCAAAAGUAGAGGAAAGUGGAUAUUAUCGAAGGUUGAAGAGCUGAAAAAAAAUGGCCUUUUAACUAACAGUUCUCAGACCCCUUUCACUCCAGGACCGCCAAACAAGAGACAGAAGUUCAGCCAUCACAAAAGCAACCAACAGACCCACCAUACACCUCGCCAAAGCCCUAGCAACCACAAACCAGGCCAUAUCUUUUUCAAUGACGAUGACUUUCAAGCUCCAGCACCCAAAGCGAGAUUGAACAAUAGGCCCAAACAACAGGAAGGCACUGAGAAACCAUGGAAACCGAAGAGACCGGUCCCCACUUCGAAAAAACCUCUUCCACCCAAAAAAAUAAUUUUGAAUGAAACGGAUGACUUUCCCAGAGGAGGAGGCAAAAGAGGAGAUACAGAGAAGAAGGGGAAGAAGUUGGGGAAAAGGAAUCAUGCUCCUGAAAAUCUACCAAAAUACAGUUGGAUUCAAACUGAAGAGAUGCAGGGGUCAGUGCCAAAGGGAGAGAAAAGAAAGAGGAACAAGAGGAACCGAUACCUGAAGAACUCCGAUGCUUCACAGUACCCAACGGAUGAGAACCUGUUUACCAUCAAACAGAGGAAACGCCACAGAUAGCACCAGUGUGUGUGUGACGGCAGUGAUCUUCAUGACCAGUUCAUCGUGUGUGGUCAGGACAUUUCAGGAGUCUCAGGCAUUUUGUUAGACUGCCAGUGCUGCUGGAGACGGUUCAUAGCCCUGUUUUAUGGAAGACCUUUUCAAAUGUCACAGUAAGAAGAGCACAGUUGUAAUUAAUAAAAUGAGUAAUGAAUAUUUUGAUCUGCUUUAGUUUUCAUGUCCUGGUACUGUGCAUGUUGACUCACGUUCACACUAAAGAGCCCACUUGAGCAGAACAGAGCCAUUGUUGUUGUGAUAGUCAGGUUUCUAUUUGAACAUUUAAACAGGUUUUUCUCUCUUGAAUCUUUCCUCGUGUUUCUACAAGUCCCAUACUGAGAAACACUCCUAAUACAUCAUUAUAGUGUCAUCAUAAUACAAUAUUGAUUCAUUGAACAACAACAUUUGCUGAUAACACAAAAUCUGAAGGAUGUUUUUGAUUCAUUUAAAUUAAAUUCAGGGGCCUGUGAAGCUUACAUACCCAUUUAUAUCAACUUUCGAAAAACAACAAAAAUGUGGUUUGACAUUUUCUUUUUAAACGGGAUUGGUUGAUGUUUUUAUUUUUGCAUUGAUGAUAUUUGAUCCUUGACCAUUGAAUUGAUACAUUGAAUAGUUUAGAAAGGUAUAUGCAGUAUAACCAGAAGGGAUGAUCAUGACAAGCAAAGCUUUCCUUAAAAGUUGGAGCUGUAUUUUAUAAAAAAAAAAGGUAUUUUCUGUUUGAUUCUGGAGUUGCUUUUGUACAGUUUCUCCUUGUGGUUAGUGUGAAUAAUAACCUUUAUCGAACAGUGGCCUCAUUUUAACAACUAAUUCAUUGUUUUAAUGUAUCUGGAGACAGACAAGUAAGAAACCAGGUAGGAGUUCAUAAGAUCAGUUUUUUUAAAGGGAAAGUUCAUUAUUUUCCUCUUACCUUAAGUGCUAUGUUUCAAUCAGCUCAUUGCAGCUCAGCCGUGGAGGACACCCUCAAUGUUUAAAUCUCACCCCGUUAAAAGCACAAGCCUAUGAGCAGAUGCAGUCCUUUUUAUAUGCGACGAUGCGGUUGGCAUGUGUACAGUAGACCGUUAGAAAGAUAAUAAUCCUCCCAACAACAAGUUAUUUUGAUUAUCUUGGCUAACUGGGUCAUGAUUUCUGAUUUCUGAAACAGACAUUGCUGUUAGUUA